AUGCCAGCGAAUGGUCUGCCAUCGAUUCUGAAUCUGUUCGAGACCAACGUCAUUGGCAACGUUCUCUUUCGGUUAUGUGUGUGCAUACCAAUGCCUGUUAGAUUGUUCAUCACAAAUUGCCACAGGAUGAUCCUCCGUGCCGAGUAUGAGCGGCUUCCUUUUUUCUGUCGGGUUUCUAUUGACGUUCUACCUCUGCUUUCUUUUAUGGAAGUAUUCUCUUUGGCACUUUUUAGCAUUAUCACCGUCCAUUUUGACUUUCCCGAGGUCAACAGAUUCUGCAAAAUCGUGUUUGUAAUGGUUGCCGGCACGAGCAUGGUGGUUACCACGGCAGUAUCUUACUCUUACAGUAAAAGCUCACAACAGAGAUUGGAUCACAUCUCAGCCUUUCUGAAGGUUAUGACAGCUUGUACGUUCUGCUACUUGGCGCCACAGUAUUUCCAGCAUAACUACUCGCCGAUCUCCUUUCCCAUCUGUUUCUCAUAUGUGUCGCGUGCCUAUGCCGUCAUGGAAUACGUGAUCGUCACCGUGUACACCAUUUUCCAAAUGACAGCGCUUAUCGACAUUCGUCACAUUACCUUCAUUUGCUAUCCGCGAACGUGCUCGGGUGAAUGCGAACCGCUCGAUCCAAAAAAUUUCGUGAAAGGAGCGAAAUUCGAGCAUUGCCGUGCAUUCGAAUACCAACAACGUCGAGUUCUAAAUUUGUGA